AUAUUUCUAAGUUCUUGACUCACACACUUAAAUGUUCCUCAGUCUCAGUCGUCGUCGUCUCCACCGUGAAACGUAACUAACUUUGGUCAAGUUGAUGCUGUUGGGAUCAAACAAAGAGUAGCAACCAAUAGAGCAGACCUUCCUCACAGAAACAAUGGGAAUUUCUAAACCAUCCCCUUUACUUUCAUUUCUUUCGGUUUUAGCCUUAUAUUUUUCAUUCUACACCAUAACACCAACUUCUUCAGCUUCCCUCCAAGAUCAAUUUAUCAACUGUCUCCACAAAAACACACAUGUUUACUUCCCACUCGAAAAUACGUUUUUCGCACCUGCCAAAAACGUCUCUAUGUUCAGCGAAGUCCUAGAAUCGACGGCUCAGAAUCUCCGGUACUUGACCAAAAACAUGCCUAAACCGGGAUUCAUAUUCAAACCGCUCCAUGAGUCUCACGUCCAAGCUUCCAUCCUCUGUUCCAAGAAACUCGGAAUUCAUUUUCGUGUCAGAAGCGGCGGUCACGACUACGAAGGCUUGUCUUAUGUCUCGGAGAUGGAGAGACCGUUUAUAGUGAUGGACCUGUCGAAGCUAAGACAAGUCAACAUCAAUAUCAAAGACAAUAGUGCUUGGGUUCAAGCUGGUGCUACCGUUGGUGAACUUUAUUACAGAGUGAUCUUCAACGUAGCUGCAAACAAUGGAAGCAAGACUGCGACUACGUCGUACAAUUCUGUGUUUCUUGGCAACAAAGGCGCGUUGAUGAAAGUUAUGAAGAAGGGGUUUCCUGAGUUAGGUCUAACACUGAAAGAUUGCGUCGAAAUGAGCUGGCUUGAAUCCAUUGUUUACAUCUCCGGAUUCUCGAGCCACACUCCUACUAAUGUUUUGCUUCAAGGGAAGUCUCCUUUCCCUAAGAAUGGUUUCAAAGCGAAAUCCGAUUUCGUGAAGAAGCCGAUUCCGGAAUCAGGGCUUAAAGAAAUCUUCAAAAAGUUGCUUAAAGAAGAUAUUCCAAUGAUGAUAUGGAAUCCUUACGGUGGAAUGAUGGCAAAAAUCCCUGAGUCUCAAAUCCCAUUUCCGCAUAGAAAAGGGGUCAUCUUCAAGAUUCAGUACGUAACGAGUUGGCCAGACAGCGACAAGACAUCGACCAGACACAUCAACUGGAUCAGAGAUCUCUACAGUUUCAUGACGCCGUAUGUCUCAAGCAACCCACGACAAGCCUACGUGAACUACCGUGACCUAGAUCUUGGGAAGAACAAGAAAUACGCGAGCAUGAAACAAGCUCAAGCCUGGGGAGCUAAGUACUUCAAAGGCAAUUUCAACAGAUUGAUGAAGAUUAAAUCAAAAGUUGAUCCAGAGAACUUCUUUAGACACGAGCAGAGCAUCCCACUUAUGUCGGUUCGAGGCUAA